GGUUUACAGGAGGCACCGGCAGCGCCAAGCGUGUUUGGCGGGACGGCGAUUAGGUCGCGGCGUCUGUGGUCUGUGAGGCUAUCUUGUACAGUAGUAGUGAACUGUGAAAGCUCCCGUUGAACAAUGGCUGGUGGUAAAGCGGGCAAGGACUCAGGGAAAGCGAAGGCAAAGGCCGUCUCUCGUUCGGCACGAGCUGGCUUGCAGUUCCCCGUAGGAAGAAUCCACAGGCACUUGAAAAACAGAACUACUAGCCAUGGACGUGUUGGUGCUACCGCGGCAGUCUACAGUGCGGCUAUCCUCGAGUACCUGACGGCUGAGGUAUUAGAGUUGGCGGGCAAUGCGUCCAAGGAUCUGAAGGUGAAACGUAUCACCCCAAGACAUUUACAGCUCGCUAUUCGUGGUGACGAAGAGUUGGACAGUCUCAUUAAAGCAACCAUUGCAGGAGGAGGUGUCAUUCCACAUAUCCACAAAUCGCUUAUCGGGAAGAAGGGAUCGCAAAAGCCAGCAUAAAUUAGUAACUAGCCUACAUGUUUGAAAAUAAACAAAAAUAAAGAAAUAACAAACAGCAAAAAGAACAGUGACUGUUGAGACAAAGUGUACCUACGUUACUAUAUUGAUGGAGGGACAGGCGUGAUAUAUAUAUAAAUAAAAAAUAUUGAUAUAAUUUAAUCUAGGUAAUGAGCAGGGGUGGAAGAUAAAAAAAUACUAAGUAUGAUGAGUAAACAGAAAAAGAAGUAAUUACAUGCAACAGCAACCGUGGUGGGUUAGCGGGCGAUGUGUUGUAGCAUGGCUCGCUUAAUAUUGCAGCCAUUUAGUGUUUCUCCGACCUCAGAAUAUUUAAUCUAGAGUAGCUUGACUUUUUUUCUACGUUUUAAAUCAAACUAGUAUUUGAUCUUUCGUAUUAAUUAAUCGUAUCGCCUAAACCUUAUUAAUUGUUUAACUGUUCUGUUUUCGUACAAAAAAAAAGAUUAUUUUCGGGCGAUUAUUCUUUAAGUAAAAUGAAUUCGGUUGCAUUUUUGCGCCUAAUUACAGUUGGUUCACGAACGUCAUUUUCAGUAAUAUUAAUAAGUGCUUAUCUUAUACGAUAUAAGCCUAUUGCAUUGUAAGAAAAUGUUAACUCUAUUAGAAAUAAUCUUCUUUUAAUUUUGUUAUCUAUUUCAGUAGUUGCGUUAUCGCUCUUGUUAAAUAAUCUGAGCCUUACUAAAGAUUUUUGGAUAAAAACUAUGAAAUAUGUAAAAUGACAAUUUUUAAUUUUCGACUAUAUUUUUAAAUUACUGUUCUGAUCCCUCAAAAUAAUUACGACUACUGUGUCUGGCUUUACAAUCUCUUGGAAAUGCUCGCAAAUUUCUGUAAAUCGACAUUUAAUGCAAAUCCAUACGAAGAAUUGUAAGAUCAUUGACUAUUAUAAGAUUUAGUUUAUGUAGUUUUACAUAUUCUUCAGUUUAAUGUUACAGUUUUUCAAAUACCAGCUUCAUCAGGAUAAAUGUCACUGUAAUUUCGAGAAAUUUGGUCAUUUUCGUCAUCAAAUAACUUACAAAUUAUUCGAAACUUAUAAGCUGGUUCGGAAGACCGAAUUUGUUUCCGAGAUUGUUCGGUGGUUUUGUGAUAAAAAUCAUAAAGCCUUGAUCUCUUGUUUUUCGUACCUGUUUUGAAACAGAGUUUCAUUCCGUCUGGCUGAAGGUAUCAUGUUUUCCAUGCAACCCAUGAUGCAUGUUGUUAAUAACCAUGUCGUUAUUUACCCAGUAGUCGGGAUAUUGUGAAACUUGAUAAAAUUUUUACUGUGAACUUCUAAUCCAGACAACAUUGAGUGAAAUAAAGAUAUCAAUUUGAUAUAAUAAGAAAUUUGUAACGAGCACUAAAUUUUUGUUUAAAAUUUCAAUUAAAACAGUGAGAAUGCCAAUAGUGAUUUCCAUACGUGAAGAUUGUUGGAAGCUUUUUGAACUUACAAUAGGUAAUUCACUAUUCUUGGUCUUGCUUUUAUCAUUUUAUUUCUAUUAUUCGUAUAUGAUUAUCGUUACGUAAGUAACUUAUAUAGCGUAAUUUCCACUAAUAUUACACACAACACCAGCCAUAUGUAAAACAUUCAUUUUCACAAUAAAAAUAAAUUUUACUAUUA